AUCUAUUCAUAUCUGUCUGUAACUUAUCAAUGUCACUACUAUCCAUUAUUUUCCUGUAUACUAUACAAUCAUCAGCGAAAAGCCGUAUAUUUGAAUCAAUGUUUUUCCAAAUAUCAUUAACAUAAGCUAGGAAUAGCAAGGGACCUAAUACGCUCCCUUGCGGCACUCCUGACGUUACCCUGACUUCAUGAGAUAGCUGUCCUUCCACUCUUACUCUUUGCGAACGUCCUAAGAGAAAUUCCUUUACCCAUAACACUACUCUCAAGUCCACACCGGUUGCAGCAAUUUUUGUAAUCAGCCUAUCGUGUGGGACUAAAUCGAAUGCCUUUGAGAAAUCUAUUAUAACCGCAUCAGUCCUGAUUCCCUCGUCCAAUGAAUCAGCAACAUCUUGACAAACCGUGACUACUUGACUUUCGCAUGAGUACCCUGGUCUAAACCCAUGUUGACCCUCAUAUAACCACUCACUCCUUUCCCAGACUUGCCUUAGAUACCCUGCUAUAACGUGCUCCAUUUGCUUGCAAACCACCGAGGUUAAACUGACCGGUCUAUAGUUCCCAAUCUUGCCACUUGCCACUUGCUACUCAGACUUCAUGGGGCAUUGAUGAUUGGAGCUUGGAUUGGUGCUGCAGGCAGUGGAAUUUUGCUAGCGCGUUACUUUAAGCAGACCUGGGCUGGAAGCCGGAAUUGUGGAAAAGAUCAGUGGUUUGCUUGGCAUCGAAUGUUCAUGUUGUUGACAUGGGGACUGACAGUGGCUGCCUUCGUUCUGAUCUUCCUCGAAUUGAAAGACUGGUCUGCCGAGGACAAUCCACAUGCAAUUCUUGGAUGUGCAACAACAGCACAAGCAUUUGUGCAACCAUUUGGAGCAGCUUUCCGACCACAUCCCGAUUCAAGACGCCGACCCACGUUCGACUGGCUGCAUUGGCUUGUUGGCAAUGUGGCACAUAUUCUUGGCACACUGUCCGGUCUGGUAGAAGUUUGCCAAUGCUUCACUGGUCCUUGCUGCCUCAAUCAUCACCAACCUGAUGACGUCAGGCAAUUGUCAAAAGAAUUUUGUUGGUUGGUUCUCUAAGGUUUGAACCCAGAGAGGAAGGGGCCGUUAAGGCUGAAGGUCUCUGUGGCUUGGAGGGGAGAUCACUUCAGCUGAUGGUCUCCGUGAUCGGGGGUGGCGGGCAGUGUCCCUAUUAAGUUAUACCCCGGCAUUCGCCUUACAACGGAGGAAACGCUCGGAAAACAUCGGUCAGGGUACCUGUUCACUUUGCGACCAAAAUUACCCCUUUUAUACUGCAAGCUCUCUUAUGCUUGGAUAGUCAAAUUUUCCCAAAAGGAAAUGUAACAUCAACUCCUAUUGGUGUGGCUCCACGUUCAGUUCGAAGGACCUCCCCUUUCGCACCGAUCCUCAGGAUCUCUGCCACAUUCUUAUUCUAAAGGCCAUCGCUAACGCAUGGCAAAACCCACUUAGGCUAGAAACAGAUAAUUCCUACACAGAAGAAUUCCAAGGCUGAUAAAUUCCCAAAACUCUGCGUUCCCACGAACCUCAGGUCCCGCUAUACCGCCUAGAACCGAAGUGUGUCAAAUCCAAACAAAUUCAACUGAAUACAAAAACAAAGAUCCUGAAGACCCAACACCAGACAGGCAUCAAGACUAGAAUCAAAUGUUCCCAACAUCUGGACCUGAUACUACAACGAACAACUUACAGCAA